AUGACUCGCCCAACCUUCGUAGUCGAACAUCUGGAUCCCGAGCUUGGCCCGUGGUCCACACUCGAAUAUGCCUGCAUUGCGCGCGAAUCCCACGACCGCGGGGCAAGAUUCCUGCUCAGCUCUGUGCCCGCCGAGCUGCAGAUGCCCGCAGAUCUGGCCGCCACCAAGGGCCUCGAGGUCGAGCAGCGUAGUGUCGAGGAGAUCUUUGCCGACCGCAAGGAUAAGGUCUGCUUGUUGGACCCCUCCGCUGAGACCGAGUUGAGUCCCGAGGAUGGUGAUACCUUUGAGGUCUUCUUGUUCGGUGGUAUCCUCGAUCGCACCUCGGAAUUGAGGAAGAAGGGGUAUAUCGGCCGCCGAUUGGGGCCUAAGCAGAUGACUACGGAUACUGCUGUGCGAGUUACUCGUUUGGUCGUCCACGAGAAGACACCCCUCGAGGACAUUCAAUAUGUCGACUACCCCGAAUUGCUCAUCAAUGAGCAUGAGCGCACCGAGAUGCCUUUCCGCUAUGUCAAGGAUGCCAAUGAGCAGCCUAUCAUGCCCGAUGGGAUGGUGGAUCUUAUUAAGAAGGAUGCCGACAAGUCUAUUGAUUUCUUCUAA